UCCUCACCAAACAGAAGAGCACAAUUAUCAUCAAAUGGCUUCCUCAAACCUCCCCUCUUCCCUUCUCCUCCUCCUCCUCCAAGCCCUUCUCAUCCUUCUCUCACCAGCAUCAGCUGCUAACUCCAAUCUUUUCACCGAAUACAUUGGGGCCAACUUCAAAGGCGUCCGGUUCUCCGAUGUCCCCAUCAACCCCGGCGUCGACUUCCACUUUAUCCUCUCCUUUGCCAUAGACUACACCACCACCUCUAACUCCCACACCCCUACCAAUGGGCAGUUCAACAUCUUCUGGGACACCGUCAACCUCUCCCCCUCUCAAGUAGCUGCCAUUAAGCAGACACAUGGCAACGUUAAGGUUGCACUCAGCCUUGGUGGAGCCACUGUCGGCGGUAACCCGGUAUACUUCCAACCUUCUUCUAUAGAUUCUUGGGUCGAUAACGCCGUCGAUUCGCUCACAAGAAUCAUCGAACAAUACCACUUGGAUGGUAUCGAUAUCGACUACGAGCAAUUCCAUGCUGAUUCCGAUACCUUCACAGAGUGCAUUGGGCAGUUGUUGAUGAGGCUAAAGAACAAUGGAGUCAUCUCCUUUGCUUCGAUAGCUCCUUUUGCUGACGCGCAAGUCCAGAGCCAUUACCUGGCAUUGUGGGGGAAAUAUGGACACCUCAUAGACUAUGUCAACUUCCAAUUCUAUGCCUACGAUGCAAACACAACAGUAUCUCAAUUUCUGAGCUAUUUUGCUGAACAGAGCUCCAACUAUAAUGGAGGGAAAGUGUUGGUGAGUAUGAUCACAGGUGGAAGUGGGGGGUUAUCGCCACAAAAUGGGUUCUUCCGUGCAUGCAACAUUUUAAAGAAACAAGGGAAGCUUCAGGGCAUCUUUAUUUGGUGUGCAGAUAACUCCAAGAGCAGUGGUUUCCCCUAUGAGAAGCAAGCGCAAACUUUGUUGGCCGCUGCCCGUUAAUCUUAGUCAAAUUACAAAAUUUUAGCUAUAUGAAUAAAUAUGUUGCACUGAAUGGGUAACUUAUACAUGAAAUGAAUGAAUAAAUCCUGUAAUGUUUCUGAUAAAAGAUGUGGACUUGAAAGGAAUAGAAUUAAAUAAAUGAAGUAUCAGGUACUUCAAUUUUAGCUCUUUGGGAGUAUA